CUUCCACGUGCGACAGCAAAUAGCUGCCAACCCCUCUUUCUUCGCUCGCUAUCUUCCUCCCAAACCAACGGGAAAACCCUAAAGCGCCAACGCCAAAUCCUCCAUCGCCUUUCUCUUUUUUGCGAUUUUGCUUUGAAGAAGAAGAAGAAGAAGAAGAAGGUAGCAGGUCAUACAUUGGUGAUUGACAUGGGAAGCAAAGGUCGUAUGCCACCUCCUCACCUAAGGAGGCCUCUUCCUGGCCCUGGCAUGAUGCAUCCUGACCCAUAUGGUCCUGGCAUGCAUCCUCCACCAGGUGCCUAUCCUCCUUUUGAUAUGCUACCUCCUCCAGAACUUAUGGAACAAAAACUUGCCGCCCAACAUGUGGAGAUGCAAAGGCUUGUGACAGAGAAUCAAAGGCUCGCAGCUACCCAUUCAGCUCUGAGGCAAGAGCUUGCUGCAGCGCAACAAGAGCUGCAGAGAUUGCAGGGCCACAUUGGUGCCAUGAAGGCUGACAAAGAACAGCAGACGAGGGGUCUUUUAGAUCAGAUAGCAAAAAUGGAGGUUGAUUUGCAAGCUGCGGAGCCUGUUAAAAUGGAGUUGCAGCAGGCUCGAUCCGAUGCCCAAAGCUUGGUCACUGCCAGGCAGGAGCUGAUUGCUAAAGUUCAACAGCUGACCCAGGAUUUGCAGAUGAACCAUGCGGAUUCCCAGCAAAUCCCUGUGUUGAUGUCUGAACUUGAAAGUCUGAGGCAGGAUUAUCAGCAUUGCAGAGCUACAUAUGACUAUGAGAAGAAACUAUACAAUGACCAUCUUGAGUCGCUUCAAGUGAUGGAGAAGAACUACAUUUCUAUGGCAAUGGAGGUGGAAAAGCUUCGAGCUGAGUUAGCUAAUGCUGCUAACCUUGAGAGAAGAAGUGGUGGGCCAUAUGGUGGUGUUACUGGGUACAAGGAAAGUGAUACUUCUGGGCAUCAUCCUGUAGGACAAAAUGCUUAUGAAGAUGGCUAUGGAGUUUCCCAGGGUCGUGGGCCACCUCAAGGUGCUGCUGCUGCUGCUGCUGCUUCUGCUCAUGUUGGAGCCCCUCCUGCAGCAGCUCCUGCACGGGCCGGCUACGAUGCACCCAGAGGGCAAGGUUAUGACGCAGCUAGGGGUGGCACAGGCUAUGAUGCAGCUAGGGGCGGCUCGGGUUAUGAUGCAGCUAGGGGUGCCUCAGGCUAUGAUGCAGCUAGGGGCGGUGCUGGCUAUGAUGGAGGAAGAGGUGGACAAGGCUAUGACACAGCCAGAGGUGGACAGGGCUAUGAUGCAACCAGAGGUGGACAGGGCUACGAUGCAUCCAGAGGUGGGCAGGGCUAUGAUGCAGCAAGAGGUGGACAGGGUUAUGAUGCAGCCAGGGGUGGCAGUGUGGGCUACGAUGCAGCCAGGGGUGGUGCAGGCUACGAUGCAGCCAGGGGUGGUGCUGGCUAUGAUGCAGCGGCCAGAGGUGGUCCUGGCUAUGAUGCUGCUGCUAGAGGUGCUGGUGGGCCUCAAGCGUCGACUACACCAGGGAAUGCUGCCCCCUACGGAUCGUCACAGACGCCUACUCGCGCUGGAGGAGGGUACGAGGCCCCACCCAGAGGUGGAAACACCGGCCGCAGAGGAGCAUGAGCUGUGGUUAUGCUCUCCCACCCUAACGAGCAUCUGAACUGAGAUUUCCUUGCAGAUUACAUUCAACAGAAAACCAAUUUAUUUUUCUCUGCUCGCGUCAAGGUACUGAAGCCUGCAUUCCAAUGGGGGCUUUUGUAGUAAUUUUCUCUACAGAGGUAUGCAGUGGUGCUGUCAGUCCAUUGCAAUUGUUUUGCUUUCAAAUUCUACAUUGAUGUGGGUGUUAUGUCUUGCGUUUUGAGUCCAGCUUUGAUCAAUAGACUAGCAAAAUUGAAGGGUUGGCUUCUUUA